UUAAGAAAACAAGCUAGUCACGCCCCCAACGAGGAAAUUACUUUUGAUGCGGCAACUUUAAGCAAAUAUAUUAAUCGACAAGGACGAAUUAUUCCUCGUAUUUAUACCAAAUUAAGUGCUAAAGACCAACGCAAAGUGGCUAAAAAAAUCAAAACCUUACGACAAAUGGCUCUUCUUCCUUAUACGAUAGUGGAGCAAAAUGA